GCUUCCCUGCCGUCGACUGUAGGCAGGGGGGUGUUGUAGAGAGGCGAAGCGGAGGUGUUCUCAGGUGUUUCUGGGAGGGAGGAUGAGUGGGUAGCUUCGGCUUUGACGUAGGGGGCGGGCAGCCAUUUUGAAACGCAGCGCCGUUAUCCUCGUAGAGAAUCGAGAAUCUACUAUAUAGUGUGAUUGCGGUGGGUAGCGGAGUACUUUUAUGACGAGGUGGAGGUGUAUUUUUAUGGUGAGUAUGUUCCGAUUCGUUUCGCCUGUAUCCGGAAGCAGGAGUGAAGCUGGCCAGUGUUUUGGGCUUUGCGCCAAGGUGGGACCAGUGAGCAGCUGCUGCAGUGGACGGACUUUUCGGUGAGGUGAUUGGAACAGUUGAGUCGAGUUCUGCAGUAAGCGAUGAAUUUUUUGCGGGGCCUAGAGCGACGACCAUCGAAUCAAGAAGUUGCUCGUCUUCCCUCAGAAGGUGGAGCAAGGAGAUUCUUCCCUCCAACUCUGUAAUCUUUUGGCAGAGUCGAUGGCAACUAUCACAGCCAGGCGAGCUCCCUAUAAUAGACAACGAGGCCGGGGACCGGUAUGGGUUCGUAGUGCAUUUGGUACUGGGCCGCAAAGAAAUACAGCAUGUCAAAAAAGACUUUUUCAUCACUGAUCAAGUUCACCCUGACAAGUUGGUGUUCCGCCUCCCGGGGAGUUGAAGGCAACAAAGGGGAGAUAUGGAACACCUCCUCAACCUGGUGACCAAUCGCAAGCCAUCAUCAACCUGAUCACUAACCAUAGAUGUCUUCUUUAUCUUCAUCUACAAGCAUCCGCAGCAGCACUUAACUCUUGUGGUGUGACGAUGGAACGGAACGGAACACGGGUGCUGAGUCUUGGUGGCUUCAUAGACAUAGACAAGUACAGAUAUGUUUACUUUGUGUUUUUGGUGGCAGUCUACAUUCUCAUCAUAUGCUCUAAUUUUAUCAUUAUUUAUGUCAUCAGGAUUCACCGGAACCUUCAUGAACCAAUGUACAUUUUCAUUGCAGCUUUGUCUCUCAACUCACUUUUCAUCAGUACUACUAUCUACCCUAAACUCAUUGUGGAUGUCUUGUCUCAUCAGCAGAGCGCUUUUUACUCCGUGUGUUUGUUACAGGUUCAGAUUUUCUACAGUUUGGCUGCCGCUGAUUUAAUGUUGUUGUCAGAAAUGGCUUAUGACAGAUACGUGUCCAUCUGUAAGCCACUGCAAUACGCAUCCCUAAUGAGUAAAACCCGUGUCUGCAUUUUCUUGGCUUUGGCCUGGUUUCUGCCUGCCUGUCAUGUGUCGGUGUCAGUGAUUAUUCAGUCCAAACAAGAACUUUGUAGUUUCAUUUUAGGGGGGAUUUUUUGCAAUACUACAAUUGUUAAGAUUCACUGCACGACGCCGACAUCUCUGAUGGUGUGGGGUUUUAUUGUUAUAAUGGACAUGGCUCUCGUACCCGUGCUGUUUAUCCUCUUCACGUAUAUAAAGAUAUUCACAGUGGCGUUUCGCAGCCAAGGAGAAAUUCGGACAAAAGCCAUCGAUACGUGUUUACCCCACUUGAUUGUUUUAAUCCUCUUCGCCUGUUUGAUUGUCUUUGAUGUCAUGAUAGGAAUUUUGGAGACGGAGCUUCCAAAACUUUUGCGACUGAUCAUGACUCUGCUUAUAUUAGUGUGCAGUCCAAUGUUUAAUCCGAUUAUAUACGGUUUAAAGAUGAAAGAAAUCUUGAAACACAUCAAGAAAUUGUUGUCGUGUUGCAAUCAUGUUGAAAUGAUCCAAAAAUAGCCAGGGUGUGUUUCAAUCAAGGGCGUAGGUUUGCAUAAGGGACGGUAGGGAGAAAAAACACUUGCAACUUUUCAGGAUGCUCAAAUUGUCGCCACCAACUUUUAAGCAACCUUAUUUGCGUUUUAUAAUGACUUCUGUUAUAUUGGUCAUUUAGAUUGUUUUCCCAUGUUUUCGUUGUUGUAAAUGACCCCACCAUUAUAAGUGAAGUAUUUUCAUUAUUUUUACUUGCUGAAUGUGCCUAAUUUUUUUCCUCCUAAAUGCUCCCACACACACACACACACACACACACAUUAGAUAUCAGAAAUGUUAGUCAUAUUAUAAGUUUUGUAAGAAAUAUAAAAAGACGUCAAUGUUGUGGAAGUGGGGAACACACCACUAAUUUUGCUACUGAAAGUCUGACCUGCAUCAGAGUUGGCAUACUAUUAAAUUGUGUGAACUUUCUAACCUGCUAAAACUCGAGUAGGAAGCUACUUAGAGAGAAGUGUCCUCCUAUAUUUGUUUUCUACUGUUAAUGUUAAUUAAUCUGUGAGAAAUGUAAUGAACCGAGGUUAACCCAAUCCUCAGUAAAUUUUACUUUUUUAUUUUAUUUAUUUAUUUAUUUUUAUGUUAUUUAUGUGGUUGUAAAUCAGCCCACAGGAGCUUACUUUACUUUUUUUUGUGUGGUUUUUUUGUUUUGUUUUGCUGUGCUUGUGGACAAAAACAGUAGUGUUUUACCUGAAUGAUGGCUCCAUUUUUAUUCAUUUUUGGUUAACACUUUACA